UAUCAAAAGUAAAUUAUUUAAUCUGUUACAAAAUUUAAUCUUUAGAGAUAAAUAUUAAAUUAAUGUUAAAUAUUUAUUUAUCAUUAAUUAUUUUCAUAAAGCAGUGAAGAGAAAAGAGAGUCAAAUUGAUAAAAUUCUAACCACAACCGUAUAUCAUGAAGAAGAAGUGAGCCAAACUUCCUUGCUGUCGUUGAUCUCAGAUCUCUCCGAUUCUUGAUUCGUUUUUGGACUUAGCUUCUUCACAAUAUUGUCAUAGAAAAUAGAAGAGGUUCGACGGUGAGAAGAGAACAGAAGACUUGAUUGAAAUUCAAAUACAUGAAGAUUCCUUUGUUCAGCAAAAUUUGUGUGCUGGUGUUGGAAAUUUGGAGAACUGAGAAGGGAGGAAGGAAAAGAAAAAAUAGGGCUAAGGGGCAGCAAAAUUUCCUUCUAACCAAUGGCUAAAACAAAAGGGGCCAUCACUUUGGGAAUCCAAAAUACAGUGCAACAAAAAGCUUUUGAGUCAAGUAGUAAAUUUUCAAGCUGGCAAUCCCAUGCGAAAGCUGGUCAUUUUUCAAGAGUGGGCUUAUCCAAAUUUUCUUGGAGAUGGAUCAAUGACAAAACUUGGGACCAGGGAAAUCAAGGUGUCAUGAUGCCACUUGGUGAUCCCAGAUUACAGCUAGAAUGGGCAUUCCUCGAAUCCAAGAAACCAAAACCUAAACUAGUGGAGGUUCUUUCAUCUCUAGAAGCUAACUUUCUGUCUUCCUGUGAGCAAUAUACAUCUUUGCUUCAAAUUUUCAAUUAUCUCAUUGCAUUUGCAGCUUUUGUUUAUGCUUUGAAUACAUCUUUGCUUCAAAUUUUCAAUUAUCCCAUUGCAUUUGCAGCUUUUGUUUAUGCUUUGAACAAAGUAAAGCUUAUGUUCUUGCGCCUAAAAGAUAGUUUUUCUCACACGUUAAAAAUACCUGAUGUUCUGGAAGAAUUUUUUUUUUCUCCAGUUUGCAUUCGCAGGCACCUGCAGCUAGACGAGCUAAGUAUUAUUGGUCUUUCCAUUCUGGGAAGACAUUUGCUAUUUAUGUCCAAGUCGUGCUUUUCUCUGCCUUUAUUGCUCUGUGUUCGUGGAUGUUUUAAAGAUUGAUCAAGUUUAUAAUUCUCAACUAUGCCUUGACAAGAAGCUGCCCAAUUUCCACCAUAAAGCGGUUGAUUGAUUACAAAUUGGGUAAAUCUUCAUGUCAUUUCUAUCUUUGUUAGUUCUGCUAUUCAGGUGUGCUUCAAAAAGUUAUUUUGCCUAAACCAAGAUUUUGAUUACAUCUGCAUCUCUCUCUCUCUCUCUUUUUGCUACCUAGAUUUCUUUCCAUGGAAAUUCUUGUUCAAUUUAAGUUUUUAAUUAUGAAGCUUUAAUCACCUUCGAAAUUGAUUACCAAUUCAAUGGGAAUUCUUAAUCCAGAUCGUUAUGCAGAAGUGGAUGAAAAGCCUAACCUGGAUGAUGAGAUUCUAGCUCCUUUGU